AUGGUCUUCCUCCCUGCCAAGUCUGCCGGCCAAUUGCCGCAGAUCCCAGACAACAUCCCCAUCAGCGAGUUCAUGCUGAAUGAGAAGUACGGACGAUUGGCACACGACAGCUCCCGCGACCCAUACACAUGCGGGUUCACGGGCAAGUCAUACUCCUCGCGCGAGGUAGUAAGCCGCGUGGACAGAAUUGCCCGCGGUCUCUCCAAGGAGCUCGGGUGGGCGCCAAACCAAGGCUCAGAAUGGGAUAAGACACUGGCGGUUUUCACGCUGAACACUGUAAGUGCAAAUGAAAUCGCACAUCGAAUGCAAGCUGACUCUCUUCAGAUUGACUCGCUCCCCUUAUUCUGGGCUGUUCAUAGACUGGGCGGUGUUCUGUCUCCUGCCAAUGCAUCUUAUUCGGCUGCCGAGUUGACACAUCAGAUUCUCGAUUCCAAGGCAAAGGCCUUGGUGACUUGUUUGCCUCUCUUGUCUAUUUCCUUGGAAGCUGCUGCCAAGGCUGGACUUCCCAAGAGCAGAAUCUACCUGCUUGAUGUGCCUGAGCAAAUUCUUGGAGGCGCGAAGGCUCCAGCUGAAUACAAGACCGUUGACCAGAUCCACGAUGCUGGAAAGUCUCUUCCGGCUCUUGAGGAGCUGCGCUGGAGCGCAGGCGAAGGUGCCCGCCGAACUGCGUUUUUGUGUUACUCAAGUGGAACUUCGGGCUUGCCGAAAGGAGUCAUGAUCUCUCACCGCAAUGUCAUUGCCAAUACACUCCAGAUCAAGGCGUUUGAACAUGGUUACCGAACGGCUUCGGGCACGAGACCCCCCACAACUGAUGUCUCCCUGGGUCUUCUUCCCCAAAGUCACAUCUAUGCUCUGGUGGUCAUCUGUCAUUCUGGGGCAUACCGCGGUGAUCAAACGAUUGUUCUCCCUAAAUUUGAGUUGCAGUCGUACCUCAAGUCCAUCGCGCACUUCAAGAUCACUUCCCUAUUCUUGGUGCCUCCCAUCAUUAUCCACAUGCUGAGCAGCCAAAAAGUGUGUUCGCAGUUCGACCUCAGCUCCGUGCGCACAUUGUUCACUGGAGCCGCUCCCCUGGGAGUGGAGACAGCCACCGAUUUCCAGAAGAUCUACCCCAACGUUCUGAUCAGACAAGGAUACGGCCUCACGGAAACAUGCACAGUCGUCAGCUCAACACAUCCCGAAGACAUCUUCCUCGGCUCAUCCGGAGCCCUUGUCCCCGGCUUCGAAGCCCGAAUCAUGACCCCCGAGAACGAAGAGAUCACCAAAUACGACACACCAGGCGAAUUGGUCGUGCGCGGACCCAGCGUCGUCCUGGGCUACCUGAACAACGACAAAGCCACGAAAGAAACCUUCGAAGACGGAUGGAUGCGAACAGGCGACGAGGCCGUGAUUCGCCUCAGCCCCAAGGGCAUCGAGCAUGUCUUCAUCGUGGACCGGAUAAAGGAGUUGAUCAAGGUCAAGGGUCUCCAAGUUGCGCCUGCUGAGCUGGAGGCUCAUCUUCUGGCUCAUCCUGCUGUUUCGGAUGUUGCGGUUAUUGCUAUUCCGGAUGAUCGGGCUGGAGAGGUUCCCAAGGCAAUUGUUGUCAAGGCUCCUGGUGCGCCUGGGGAUGAGGAAUUGACCAAAAUUCUGAUUAAGCAUGUUGAGGAUCAUAAGGCGAGACAUAAGUUCUUGAAGGGGGGUAUUCGGUUUGUGGAUGCCAUUCCUAAGAGUCCUAGUGGGAAGAUUCUUCGUCGGUUGAUUCGGGAUCAGGAGAAGGAGGCGCGUCGGAAGGCUGGUGCUAAGAUCUAG